UGACGAGUACUCUCCGGCUCACCUUUUACCCCAUCAUAUCCAAAUCGUCCACCUUUCAAUACUACACAAUACCCAACCUCUCCUCAAAAUGACCCUCCCCACCCGCCUCGCAACCCCAACCGACGCCGCCCACAUCAGAGACCUCAUUGAAUCCGCCUUCCGUGCCGCUGACCCCCGCCCCAACUGGACAGGCGACCUUGCCCUCGGCGCGCGCUUCCACGUCGCGCUCGACGACAUCCUCACCCGCAUCACUGACCCAGAAAGCGCGAUUCUCAUCGCAAUGGCCACCGCAACCGCCAACUCCGAUUCUGAUUCUACUUCAACCGAACCAAUCAUCGCCUGCGUCAGCAUGCGCAGACACGGGCCCGACUUCGCCCGAUUGUCGUAUGUGGCGGUUGCCCAAGGUCAUCAGCAGAGCGGCCUCGGACGGAGAGUUCUGGGUCUGGCGGAGGAGCAUUGCCGGCGCGUUUGGGGGGUGAAGAAGGUGGGGUUGAAUGCGUUGGAUACGCGGUUGGAGUUGAUUAAGUGGUAUCAACGCUGCGGGUAUGUGGCGACUGGGGAGGUGACGCGGUUUGAGUUGCCGCCGGAUUUGUUGUGUUUUGUGGAGAUGGAGAAGGUGGUGGGGUAG